CAGGAAGGAGAAGGGAGAGCAGACGCCGCUGACACCCGACACCCGCAGGACAAGGGGAGCUGCGAGACGGUAUAUGUUGCAGCAACAACAAUUCGUGGACUGAGCGGAGCCGGGGGAUAUAAAUCCACAGGGCAGACCCUGCCGUUGCCAACGGUUCUCUCUUGGAUUACAAAGGUUUUAGCUGGAAACUUGGAAAUUCCCUUGGGAGCAGCACGUUGGGAAGGAAGUGAAAAGAUCCUCUGCCAAGAUGCCCAUCCUCAAGCAAUCUGGUUCCCAUUCAAAGAAGAAAUCACGCAUUGAUAGAGACAUGAUUAGUGCCCCAUUGGGGGACUUUAGGCACACCAUGCAUGUGGGCAGAGGAGGAGAUGUCUUUGGAGAUACAUCCUUCCUGAGCAAUCAUGGGCCUUCCUCUGCCUCGCAAGUAGAAGCCCAAGCCCCCAAAAAGAACGGCCUUAUGACACAUGGUUCUGGGGAGCAAGAGGAAAGUAAAAUGGCAGACUCUCUUAGUCAGAUUUCACAGUCCUCAGGAAUAGGGUCUGGUGCAGGAAGUGUCUCCUCUAGUCCAAUAAACAACAUUUCAUCUAAAGAGGAUAACUUGUGGAACAGCAACGUAGGACAGAGAGAUCAGCUCGACUGGCUCUCCCCUGGAAAGGACUGUGGGAUGAAGCAUGCAGAGUCUAUCUUGUCUUUCCACCUUGACUUGGGACCUUCCAUCUUGGAUGAAGUGUUAGGUGUAAUGGACAAAGAUAUUUCUUCCAGUGACUGGAAUAAUACAGACGACCAGUUUGAUUUUGGGUACAAAUGCUCCUCAACUGGCACAGCAGAUAAUGAAAAAUUUAUAGAAGCUUCCUUGGGAGAAACAAAAGGAGUCCACUGUAAUCUGUCAAACACUCUGCCAAGCACCAACCUCAACAUACGCCACAACUCCAUCCCUACCUCUGAAAACCCAGAGGCUAACCAAUCUGCUUAUGAGAGUGACAGCGAAGAAGAAAAACGCUCUAUUUAUGAAGGCAUCGCAGAUGAUCCAGAGUCACACGACGGCCAACUGCACACAAGCCACCGAGUACAAGUAGAAGAGGACGAUGAUGACGAUGAUGAUGAUGACGAUGAAGAUGCAGGGCAGGGAUACACAUUUGAUGAAGACCUUGAUGAUGAAAUUGGUGUAUAGGAGUGAAAAUUGGUUUGGUGAACUCUUUAUCUACUGCGCUUACACAUUUGUUGGAGAACAGUGAUCAACCAAAGGUCAAUCAUUGUAAAUGGGAUUUUAAAUAAAACUGUUUAAUAGAACUAUAUAAGGAAAGCAACUUAACAACCCUUUUCCUCUCUUGGUAGAACUUUGUACAUAGCCCAAUAUAUCUGGCUUUUGGUUAAAAAUAACUUAGACAUUAAUUGCUGGAAACUUCUAUAUACAUUCAUGCGCACUACAAUUAUGUUUUCAUUUAAUGGAUUAUGAUUGGGACACUUGAGAAAAAGAUUUAUGGAAAAACAUAUCAGUUCUAAGGACAAUUUAAAAAAAAAGGGUUGCUGAUUUUUAUAGAAUAAGAAAGGGCACAGAAGAUGAGACAUGGGAUCGAUUUAGGCACAUAUUUGUCUGUUGUU